GCGAGUGGUGUGCGCCUAUCUGUCAAUUAUGCCCAAGCAUUGGUCAACCAACGUCUAUGAGGCUGUGCACUCUCCUUCGCCACUUCCUCAGCCCGCCGAGCUCGUAUGAACACUCUACACAUCGACACUUUGGUGCACCCGGUGAAAUCCGUCGCUGUACAUCACGCCUACGCUGAAGUCGUUCGUACAUUCUCGAUCAGUCUCCAGGCAGGUCGACGAAGAAUCAGCAUUGCGCAUCUAUCCAGCAGCAUCGAUCCGCUGUCGUUACAGGUUUCUCUCGCCCAUUCCAACGACCGGCUUGACGCGCAUUACAAAGUUGAUGAAUUCAGCACCAGCCCCGGCGUCGACGGCGAUACACCACGACCACUGCCUGUUCUUCUAGCGCAGCAGUGCGGGCCACGGGAUAGUUGGGAGACUGAGGAGAAAUGCGGUUGCGCUCUGUGUACAAAUCGCACUGCUGAAAAUCAGGGGGCACAGUCCACUACAAAUCCGCCCCAUCAAACUGAUGUCUCAAGGCGCAUUGGACAGGCUGAGGCAUAUGUCAGCCUAGACGUAGAAGCUCCAGAGAAAUGUGCUCUCGGUUUGAUACUGAGAUACAAGGUCAGCGGAACCAGUUGGAAGCCGUACUACGACCUGCGCGCGACGGCGGAACUUGUAGAUGGGCACCUCACUCCGGCAGUUUCUAUCGAUUACAACGUUCGCGUAAAGCAGACUACGGGCGAAGACUGGGAGGACGCGAUGUAUACGUUUGUUCGAGAGCCUACGCCCGCUACCUCGAGCGUUGAUGACCUAUACGGCGACGGUACCUCUCCGCCUCAUUCAACAAACCUGGCGACGUCGGCCUACCCAGAUAUGCUGGUGUCUUCCACUGUACUCGUGGGCACCACCGCAACAUCUGCGUUCCCUCAAAUCAACGUCGCGCCUUUGCCCGAGCGAGGCCUGUCGGCGUCGCAAAUGGCUGCGCAGCCUUUCGUGCCCGUGCCACCGAUCGCUAUAGAAAUGUUGUGGAGAGAGAGACCUUUCGGCUCGGUGUCUGCCGGUCUCUUCCCUGCUCAAUCUGCUAGCUCCCUCGGUCCCGACAACUACCUUGACAGUCGCGCUUCAGAUGCCCCUCCGAACCGAGGCCCUGAUCCACCGCCGACGACUCAAAGUGUCAGCCUUUCUUCAGCUCAGCCCCAGACCGUCCGAUGCGACGGGACUGCGCACGUCGUCAACAUUGCAUCUUUCCUGCUCGAUGCUACAUACACCUGGAUAUGCGCACCUCGCGUCCGCCCCGGCGCCUUUGUGGAGUGUCGUGCACGGCACUGCGGCGAGUGCACUCUCGUAGCUGGCGAAUUGACGGCGUACGUCGAUGGCGAAGAGGUUGCGAGGACAUCCAUCGAGGAUGUCGCACCAGGAGAAUCGUUCAGAGUGCCACUAGGCCUCGACAGUGCUGUGCACCUUGUCCAUCGGCGAACAUUGCACACGGACGCGGACGCUGCGCGUCCGUUCUCCGAGCAGACAUGGACAACCCGGCGCUUAACGCGCUACGUUGUGAUGAACACGAACCCGUUUCACAUCCCUACGCUUAUCCUGCGAGACGCGCUGCCCGUGUCGACGUACCCACAACGCGGGCUGCUGGUCUGCGCUGUCAAGGAAAUCGACGCCGACGCGGAAGAGGACAAGCCGAUCACGAUGGCCACUAUGGCUGGAAUGGGUGCAGUGCUGGGCGCGAACGUCCGUGAGGCGGAGGGUAGGCAGGGCGAGGGUGUCUUCGAGUGGGUACGAGGGCUAGGCGCUGGUGAGAGCGCCGCAUUACAGGCCGAAUGGAUGGUGCAAGGCUCCUCUGGGGUUACAUGGGAAGAAGUUACCAGAUGACGCCUUGAGCAACGCGCUGUCGUAUACAAUAUUGAAUAAUUGGAAGUCAGGCGGCUAUGUAGACGAUGAGUCGCCGAGUUCAACUCAUUAGCACACAGAAUUAACGAAACCGAAACCUCAUUCAUGAA